CGCAGCCAAGUCGAGCAAUCACCAAAGCGAUCUCUUGUUUUUACGCGUUCGUCGAGAGGAAGUCAGAAGUAGCAGUCCUAGUUCGUUUGAUCCAGUUCAGUUAAGUACGUACGUGAGAGAUGGCGUCCAACCAGAACCAGGCGAGCUACCGCGCCGGCGAGGCCAAGGGCCAUACCCAGGAGAAGACGGGGCAGGUGAUGGGCGCGGCCAAGGACAUGGCGUACGAGGCCAAGGACCGGGCGACGGACAUGGCGGAGCACGCGUCCGGGCAGGGGCAGGGCACCACGGAGGCCACCAAGCAGAAGGCCGGCGAGGCCACGGACAAGGCGUCCCAGACGGCGCAGGCGGCCAAGGACAAGGCUGCUAGCACGGUGCAGGCCGCCAACGACCGCACCGUCGAGAGCAAGGACCAGACCGGCACCUUCCUCGGCGAGAAGACGGAGAAGACCAAGCAGAAGGCGGCGGGGGCAGCGCAGUACACGCAGGACAGGACAUACGACGCGGCGCAGUACGCCAAGGAGUCCGCCGUCGCCAGCAAGGACAAGACCGGCAGCGUCCUCCAACAGGCCGACGAGACGGUGGUGAACGCCAUGGUGGGCGCCAAGGACGCCGUGGCCAACACGCUGGGGAUGGGCGGAGACAACACCAACACCAGCACCACAGACACCACAGAGAAGAUCGUCAGGGAUCACCACUAGAGGCAUGAGCUCAAUUUGCUUUCGUUUCCUUCUCUCACUAGUCAAUACACACAUAUUUGGUGGUUCCAGUUUCAUGAUUUCUACGCGCACUUUUUGGUCGCAACUUUGAUUCUGUAAUGUAUCUUUGUGUUUGUCAUUUCAACUUCUAGUACGAUGUAACAAUAAUAAAAGUUUGGGAUUAAGCUUAUACACGUGGUAGGGUGUACUAUAGUUUGUGUCAUGUG